UUGGCCAGGAACAUGGCUCAGAUCCAUAACCUGAUGGACAACAAGGACUAUGCUCCCAGCCACAAGGAGCUGGAGCCCCUCAAGUACUCCCAGGUGGCCUCAUCCAUCCCCAGCUCGCGCCGGGAGGUUGAACGCUGUGUCCAGGGCACCUUGUCCCUGCUGUCCUAUUGCCUGGGCCAGGGGGAGGCUGUGGCCUUGGUGCUCAAGGACCUUGGGGUGCUGCUGGUCCAGGGCAGCAGGGUCAGUGUCAGGUUCUAUUCACACUUCCUGGAGCAGCUGAUGGGGAACUGGAGCCUGGAGGGAGAUGGAGACAAGGUCUCCCAUCUCCUGGAUUCGGGAAUGUCGCCUUCGGAUCCUGUGUCCUCCUUGAGCACCUCUGGUCGUGUCCUCAUCUUCCCAACGUUUGGGAUCGCGUUGGAGACCCCACGAUUCCCAAAGGAUCCGCUCAAGAGCUUGGGAUCAGCUGGUGGGGACAAGGAGAUGGGAAUGGGAAUGGGGACGUCUCCAGCCCCGGAUGAGGCCAUGGGAGUGGGAUCUCCUGGUGUUCCCAUUCCCGGUGUUCCCAUUCCCGGUGUUCCCAUUCCCGGUGUUCCCAUCCCAAUGGCUGGGGAUGGACAAGAGGAGGCCACAGGGAUGAAGAAGGCCCAGGUCAGGUGA